AGUAAUGGUGCAUCUGGUGUUCGAACAUUGCAGCUCUCUUCAAUUCCAGCCAAUGCUUUUACAAGUUUUUCUCAUCCCGCAUUUCCGGGGAGAAGUGCAAGGAUCAAGAAAUCAGACUUUUGUGAUGGUGGGGUUGCUGCAUAUACUGGCUAUAUUGACGCUGGUCCGAAACAUUUCUUCUUCUACUUCUUUGAGAGUAGAAGCAACCCCGACAAGGAUGAUGUCCUUCUCUGGACGAAUGGUGGACCAGGUGGUUCCUCCGCUCUUGGUCUUUUUGCAGAACUUGGACCAUGCCGAAUUGCAAGUCCCAAUAGCACAAAAUACAAUCCGUACUCCUGGAACACGAAUGCAAACAUUUUCUUCAUUGACCAACCUAUCGGAACCGGCUUUUCAUAUAAUGAUCUUGGGGACAUAGUUUCGACGACAGAGGAUGCUGCACAGGAUAUUGCUGCUUUCAUGGCCACGUUCUUCGAGACGUUCGACAAGUUCAAGGGAAGAAACGUCCAUUUGACCGGAGAAUCAUAUGGUGGACGUUAUCUUCCAGUCUUAGGAGCCGUUGUUUACGACCAAAACUCGGUGCUUGUUGAAAGGGGGCCAGAACCCAUCAACCUCAAAUCAAUCAUGAUAGGAAACGGAGUGACGGAUUUCUUCACGUUCAUACGCUCGUAUUACGACAUGCAAUGCACGAACAUGGGCAUCGGGCCUCUCCAGCCCAUUUCGACAUGCGUUCGCAUGAAACAAAGCCUUCCUCGCUGUGAGAAGCGACAAAAGGAAGCUUGCAUUGAUCACUUCGAUUUGAUUGACUGCUCUUCUGCAUUCACCUUUUGUGCAAAUGAACUCUUCGCGCCAUAUAAAAAUGCAGGAUACAAUUCGUAUGAUAUGACAAUGAAAUGCAAUACUUUGGACUGUUAUCCGGAAGACAAGAAUUUUACUACAUACUUAAUUAAUCCGGCUACCCAGAAGGCACUAGGUGUCAACGAUGGACGGAAUUUCUCAAACGUUGCUAUGGAUGUUGCAUUAGCCUUCUUUGCUUCUGGCGACGAAACACAUGACUCAAAGCAAUACGUUGUAGAGCUACUUGCGCGUGGAGUCAAGGUCCUCAUCUAUGCCGGGACGUAUGACUUCAUUGCAAACUGGCUUGGCAAUGAAUGGUGGACGCUGAACUUGGACUGGCCUGGCCGAUCUGAAUUCUCAAGAAUGCCUCUGCAGGAGUGGUUUGUGGGUGGUAGUCCUGCAGGUAAGACACGUACGCACGGAAACUUCUCGUUUGCUACAAUAUAUGGAGCUGGCCACCUUGUACCACAUGAUAAACCAGUGGAGUCACUAGCAAUGUUGCAACGUUGGCUAGUAGACAAGCCUUUUUGA